UUUUUGUCUAAAGCUCUCUCUCCCUUUCACUCCAUCUGUCUGUGUUAGAUGACGUACUCAAGAACCAUCUGGGAGAAUCAAACCAUAAUUUUUCUCCAUUAGAAGAUCGAUUUGUUGUCUACAUUGAAGACAAUUGUCAAGUGUCAAAAAGAUUGUGUUUACAGAGCUUGACCUUAUAUAGACAGUGUUCAUUGGAGAGUUGUUAAGUGUAGAAGCCUAAAAUGGAGGUACAGAAAAUGUCAAACGGUCACCAUGAUCUCAGCCCUGACAAAAGUCCGGAGAGCGGAUUUGAUGGCCUUGAAAACAUAACAGAAAGCGAAACGUUCCUCCACGAUAAAAGCAAUGGAACAACUAAUUUUACAGAUUUUGAGGGAAAGACUUCUUUCGGGAUGUCUAUUUUCAACCUCAGUAACGCCAUUAUGGGCAGUGGAAUUCUGGGACUGGCUUAUGCCAUGGCCAACACUGGAAUCAUCCUUUUUGUAAUCCUGUUGAUAAGCAUCGCUCUUCUCUCUGCCUACUCCAUCCACCUGCUUCUGAAGAGUGCUGAAGUGGUUGGGAUCCGUGCAUAUGAACAGCUCGGGAACCGUGCAUUUGGUACACCUGGGAAAAUCUUAGCAGGAUGCGUUAUAACAUUGCACAACAUUGGAGCAAUGUCCACGUACCUGUUCAUUGUGAAGAUAGAGUUACCUCAUGUUAUUCAGGGUCUUAUGGAACUGCCAGAUGACUAUACUGCAUGGUUCGUUAAUGGGAAGUAUCUCAUCAUUAUCGUUAGUGUCGGAAUCAUUCUUCCCCUGGCAUUUAUGAAACGACUCGGGUAUCUAGGCUACACCAGUGGCCUCUCCCUCAGCUGCAUGGUCUUCUUUCUCAUAUCUGUCAUCUACAAGAAGUUUGUCACAGGGUGUCCUGUAGAACCCAGCAAAAAUGGCACUUUUCUCAAUGAAAGCAUAUACAACUCCACCGCUGACACUUGUGAAGCUAAAUUUAUAACUGUCAACCCAGAGACUGCUUUUACCAUUCCCAUUAUGGCGUUUGCUUUUGUGUGUCACCCUGAAGUGUUGCCCAUUUACACAGAACUAAAAAAUCCAAGCAAGAAACGCAUGCAAAAUAUUUCUAAUAUCUCUAUUUUGGCCAUGUUUGUCAUGUACCUGUUGACUGCCAUCUUUGGCUACCUCACCUUCUAUGCAAAAGUGAACUCAGAGCUUCUGGAGAUGUACAGUAAAACAGACACCCUGAUGCUGUGUGUUCGGCUGGCUGUGCUGAUGGCAGUGACACUGACCGUUCCUGUGGUUCUUUUCCCGAUCCGCCGUGCCGUCUUGCAGCUUCUGUUCCCUGAAAAGCCCUUCAGCUGGGUGCGUCACAUCUCCAUCGCCGUGUGCCUCCUCUUUGCCGUCAAUCUUCUCGUUAUCUUCGUGCCCAACAUUCGUGACAUCUUCGGCUUCAUUGGUGCCACAUCUGCUCCCAGCCUCAUUUUCAUAUUGCCAGGAAUAUUCUACAUUUGCAUCGUCCCCAAAGAACAGGAGCCGUUGAAAUCUCGGCCAAAGAUCCAGGCGAUGGUGUUUGUGACACUGGGUUUCAUCUUCAUGAUUAUGAGUAUUACGUUCAUCAUAGUAGAGUGGGUGACUGGAAAGAAGUCGAUGGGUGGACACUGACACAACUGAA